AUGUCAUCUGUUAGCAUACUUGGUCUUGGGGCCAUGGGAACGGCCCUGGCCGCUCGGUUCCUCGAAAAGAAAUACAAAGUCGCUGUAUGGAAUCGAUCUCCAGAAAAAGCAAGCCCUUUGCUCGACAAGGGCGCAAAUAUUGCCCAAACAGCGGUGGACGGUAUCAAUGCAAGUGACCUGAUCAUUAUCUGCCUCCUCGACAACGCCGCUGUCCAAACAACCCUCGCCGGCGCUCUUGACCAACUACAAGGCAAGACAAUCGUCAACCUAACAAAUGGAACACCUGACCAAGCUCGCAAGAUGUCAGACCUGAUCGUUGGUCACGGUGCUCGAUACGUCCAUGGCGGAAUCAUGGCUACUCCUUCCAUGAUUGGUUCACCUCAUGCUCUGGUUCUGUACAGCGGGUCACAACAAGCAUUCAAGGCCAGCGAGCCUGAUAUGUUGAUGCUAGCUAAGUGUGUCUUUGUCAGUGAGGAUGCGGGCGCUGCAUCCCUGCAUGACCUGGCUCUACUUAGCGGCAUGUAUGGUCUCUUCUCGGGCUUCCUGCAUGCAACUGCCCUCGUGAGGUCGAGCACACCCGCCGUUAAGUUCAUGGACCUCUUGGUUCCCUGGCUGGGAGCAAUGACCGAGUACACUAAACGGAUGGCAAAGCAGAUUGACGAGGGAAACUAUGCCAGUGAAGGAUCAAAUAUCGCUAUGCAAUUGGUUGCUAUCCAGAAUAUUAUUGAUACCAGUGCGGCCCAGAAAGUCUCUGCGGAUUUCAUUCGUCCGAUGAAGCAAUUUAUGGAGAAGGCAGUGGCGGCUGGUCAUAGCGGUGAUGAUAUUUCUGCUUUGAUUUAUUUUGCGAAGCCAUCAUGA